ACAGAGGGCGGGCUGAGAGCCGUGACGUAGAUGCUAAGCGCCGAGUUUUACAUUGUAGGUUAGAGAAAUCGAAAACCGAAACGACCGCGGAAAUGGGAAACGAGACACGGGAUGCAAUUCGCUCUGUUAUGGAGAACAUUCAACUCUUUUUCAAACUGAAGCCAGAACAAGAAGAGUGUUUGAUAAACAUUUUAAAUGGAGAAGUGUUUCAUAUGCCUGUGAAUCCAGAGAUGACUCAGAACAUGUUCCAGGAGGGACUGCAUCAGGUGUUUUUUAAGGAACGGCCUUUGCCCCACCCACUUCCAGCUGCCGACUCCACAACUGUAGAGCCGAUGGAAGAUAGAUUGGUCCGUUGGUUUGGGACAGUGGUCAAUACCCGCAUCCUUCUGUCUGGGGUUGUUCAGAUUUUCAGUGCUGUCUCCUGUAUUCUCUGCACCUUCUCUUAUACUUGUUUGACUUUCAGCUGUUCUGCAUCUUUGACAGCUCCAGUAUGGUGUGGCCUGUUUUAUGUGGCCACCGGGUCACUUGCGAUUGAGCUCCAGAGGAAACCCCAAAAAAUCAAAGUCAUGACUCUGAUGGGCCUGAACAUCUUUGGCUUGCUGUUUGCAGUUUGUUCUUUUCCCUCCUUCUUUAUGAAAUCCUCACAACUUGACAAAGCCACCACUCAGCAGCGCAUUGGGGUGAACGUGCUGAAGGGAAGUGGUGUAGUGUCCAUCCUCCAGUGUAUGUUUGCAGCCAUGUACACGCUUUUUCUUAUUUGGAGAGGUAUGAAGUCCUACAGCACCUCCUACAAAAAGGACUACAUCACCGUAAUGCAGAACUCAGAAGAACAUACAGAUCCACUGCUGGAAAACGAACAUUUCAGCAUUUGAACUGUCAGUGUGUGAAAUCAGGAAACUUAUGCAAGCAAAUUUAUGGCUUAUUAUAUUUUGUCAAGAGAAUAAAUACAUUUUUUUAGCAUUUGCAGCCCAGUUUACUAUGGCAAAUAGCAAUGAUAUUGCAAAAACCUGAAUAUAUAUACUGCAUACUUCCAUUUAUUCCAUACAAUAUAUCAUUUAUAAGUUAUAUUUAAUUUAUAUACAUUCAUUACAUAUGCAUGUAAUUUGUGAGGAUCACAUAGACCUCAUCAAUGAUUUUGUAUAAUAAUAUAUUUAUGUGCAAUUAAAUGUGGAUAUUAGAUUGUGUCUUUAUUUGUGUUUGUCGUGCCAUUGCUGAAAGUCAUAUUGUUCUAUUGUAAAGACAACAUAAGAUCAGAAUUGACCUUGUUUACUUUCCUAAUAGAUGUUACAGGUCUUAUGCACGGGUCUCAUUAGUGGGCAUCAUUCUAGAGAAAAGAGACAAAAAAUUAUGCAAAUUAUUGCAUAAUAAAAAUGUAAUAUCUUUAUCUACUUCUGAAAUGACCUUUUUGCAAAUGUGGGGAAAAAUAUAUCAACAAAUAUAGUAAUAACACUUUCCACCAAUCAAAUCCUAACGGAUAAAGUCCUGAUCUGCAUUAUUUGCUGCUGAGUAUUUUGUUUCAUAUUGAAAAAAAAAUGUUAUUACUGAAGCUACAUUGUUAAUGCUG